UGCAAGAUGGUUUUCGUGGCUUUCAUCCUACAACUUCCGAAUGUAGUUUUAGGGGAAUGUACUUGCGAAGCCGAAGAGGAAGAACGGAACAAAAGCUUAGCUCUGAAAUAUAAGUUAGCUGCACUUGCUUCAAUCCUCGUUGUGAUUGCAGUUGGGGUUUGUCUUCAUGUUUUGGGUAAGACAGUACCAGCUUUGAGCCCGGAGAGAAGCUUUUUCUUCAUUAUAAAGGCAUUUGCCACUGGAGUAAUUUUGUCGACCGGGUUCAAACACGUACCACCUGAUGCAUUUGAAAGCUUAACAUCUCCGUGUCUCAGUGCCCAUCCAUGGGGAGAUUUCCCGUUCACAGGCUUUGUGGCAAUAGUUUCUGCCAUUGGAACUCUUAUGGUGGACACAUAUGCAACCUCUGAUUACAACAAGAAAUCAAGCGGCAUGGCGCAAAUAGCUAGUGGCGAUGACGGAGGAGUUGUCCCUGUUCAUACUCACCCUAUCCAUGGUCAUGCUCAUAGAUCAGCAUCCGUGGAAACCGACUCUGGUGAAACACAAGUUCUUCGUCAUCGUGUAAUCUCACAGGUAGUGUUGGAGUUGGGGAUUAUAGUCCAUUCUGUAAUUAUUGGAAUUGCUUUAGGCGCCUCGAAAAGUCUUAAAACCAUAAAGCCUUUAAUUGCUGCUCUAACCUUCCAUCAAUUCUUUGAAGGCAUAGGACUGGGAGGAUGCAUAACUCUAGUAUUCUUUUCUCAAUUGCGAAUAUGUCUAAGAUUUGGCUUAGGGUUUCAGUUUUUUGACCUAACUGGAUUGUUUUAGUAUGUCUUUGAGUUUAUUGAUCUUGUCCAAUCCAUAUGAGGAUGGAUCAUGUUGACCCCAAUAAAUGUUGCCAACAGAUACCGAACCCACCCGCGCACACGUGAGUGAAAGUCCAACACGCUAAGAUACGUGGACGGUCUUUAAAGGAUGGAUCGAGGGCGUAAGAGUAGCUCAACGACCCGGGACGAGAACGUUCGGAAUCUGGCGGGAUGUUCGUUGAUCGAUUGUACAAUAAUUACCAAUCGAUGUUUGUAAAUGUGUAUCCAAAUUUGUAUGAACUCGUUUGUGUUGUAAGAUAAUAAGAGAGAGAGUUGAGUAAAGUAUGGUUUCUUGUAUUAAUUCUUGCAUUAG